UUCUUUGCCGUAGUUUAGUUUCGCCUUGUGUCUGAACCACACGCGAAACACCAGAGAAAGAAAGAACAGAGACAGUUUCUUGGCCGGAAAAAAAUAAAUUAAUACUUCCGCCAAUGUCGUCUCGCCGGAGAGUUCUUCUGAAAGUCAUCAUCCUCGGAGAUAGCGGGGUUGGGAAGACAUCGUUGAUGAAUCAGUUUGUGAAUCGCAAAUUUAGCAAUCAGUAUAAAGCUACGAUUGGAGCAGAUUUCUUGACUAAAGAGGUUCAGAUUGAUGACAGGAUCUUCACUUUACAGAUAUGGGAUACGGCUGGGCAAGAAAGGUUCCAAAGUUUGGGAGUUGCCUUUUACAGAGGAGCUGAUUGUUGUGUUCUUGUAAACGAUGUCAAUGUUAUGAAAUCUUUUGAGAAUCUUAAUAACUGGAGGGAAGAGUUCUUGAUUCAGGCUAGCCCAUCAGAUCCUGACAACUUCCCGUUUGUUGUGUUGGGGAACAAGACCGAUGUUGAUGGUGGCAAGAGCCGAGUGGUUUCUGAGAAGAAAGCAAAGGCAUGGUGUGCAUCUAAAGGAAACAUUCCUUACUUUGAGACAUCUGCCAAAGAAGGAUUCAAUGUUGAUGCGGCUUUCGAAUGCAUAACCAAAAAUGCAUUCAAGAAUGAACCUGAAGAAGAACCGUACAUGCCUGACACUAUUGAUGUUGCUGGAGGUCAGCAACAAAGAUCAACAGGGUGUGAAUGCUAAUCAACCAAAACGUUUCUUCUUGCAGAGAGAGAGGGUACUAAUAUUUUGAUUUCUAUGGCAAAUUUUAUUUUGUACCACACAAUAUCAAGUGUAAUGUCAUUUCAUUGAAACGAACCUUUUUCCCAGUUCCACAUAAUAUUAAAAAAAAACAUGUAAUGUGACAUUGUGAUCUC